CUGCUUGCCCUCUUCUUCGCACUUGUUGUACAUCUGUGCAGCACCAACAGUCACAUGGAGCCAUCCAAGACGGAAGAAAAUGAACCUAGCCUCGCACCUUUCCUAGUGGAACAUUAUGGGGCUACCAAGGCGCGCUAUCCAGGCGAGGGCAGACGCAGGUGGCGGCUCAGGGUGGCAGAAGCGUUCUGGACCCUCUCACCUGAACACAAGACGUCAUAUCUUGCAUCGAUCAGUCAAAGUCCUCUUUCUGCAGAAAGCGUGGAAGACGCUGAUUUUGCCACGGACGACGAUCCGCUAGACGACAUAUCCGACAACACACCCGGGCUCGGAAUCCUUCUGCGCACAGACUACACGAACGAAGGUGCCUGGCAGGCCUUCUACGCUCGGCUGCAAGACGCCGAAGCUGAAUUCGCAUCUGAGCCUCCGGCGGACCUCCCCGACGAGAACACGACAGGCGCAAGCGAAGGCCCAUCCGCCGCCCACGGCGCAGCAUCAUCCUCGACCGAUGCUGAAGGAGACUCGGCGAUGGAUGACGAAGACGCAGACGGCGAGGAAGGCGACGGCGGCGAAGGGGCGGCGAGCCCGGUUUUCUUCGUAGUCAAUGCGACAUCCCCAGACGAACGCGCCAGGCUGACGGGCAUCUCGAAUCUGACCGCGCUUCGUCUCCUCAACGACGUGGACGUUCGGCGCGCUCCCGCGCCACCCGCAGGUACGAAACGCAUCCGGCCGCCGAACCGGCUCGUCGACCACGAUGGCUGGCAAGAAGUAUACAGCGGGAAGACGGUCUGGGUGUAUGACGACAAGUCGAACCAGGACCAAUGCGUCCGGCUGGUGAGCCAGAAGGGCGCCGCGAUGUACGGCACGGCAACCGGCGACAGUUGGCGCGCACGGGUCAGUCACAUCUGUGAGCUGCAGGUCAAUCUGGCGACAGGCGCGAUGACUAUCGAUUUCGGCGGCUUGGAUCGGUGGGACUACGCGGAGAGGGCUCGGAAUUUGAAAGAGGCAGUGACCCCGAUUUCCUAAAGCCGGUUUGAAAGCAGGGACGUAUCCGGGGUUGGAGAAGUCAGGUUGUUGCGGUAACACCACGCUGGGAAGAGUGGGGCAUCCUGCCGAUGCCUCGAGUCCAUAAUACAUUCGACUAAAAAGUCCCGAACCGUCCUCAUCAACAUCAUCAAUGUCGUAUCAUUCAUAU